AACAGCAGUAGUACAGGAAGUCAAUUGAGAAAAGCGGAUCGGGUGCAGUGAGAGAACUUGGAGGAGGUUGAGCUAUCAGCUGUCUUCGCUAGAGGAAGACCUAUGAAGUUAUCCUGAUAUAUUUGCUUACGAACUAAGCAGAAAUUCUUGAAACUUGUGUGACACAAGGUCGAAUAGAAUCAAUUGCACAAUUUUCCAUUCAGAUGGCUCCUGCAGUGGACAUUGGACAAAUUGAAAUAUGUGAGGAAUUGGACCGUGUUAUCCUUCACCUUUUUGAUGCUCUAGAAAUCCUCCAGACCAAGAGAGAAGCUUUUAAUAGCAUGGUGGAGCAGGGUUGGUUCUCACUCUCCAAAUCUCGCUAUGCCAUGGGUAACAAAUCUGUAUCUACCCUGCAAUAUGGACACCAGAUGACACCACUUGUUCGGAUAGAAACUGGCAAGGCAGAUGAUGGGCAGACUCAGUUUCACGUGAUCACAGACGAUGCUUUCAAAGGGAAGGAUGAAAGCCCAAAUAUUGUGGAAGAGAUUGGCCCCAGUGAACAAGUUCUACGACGACGAAAAGGUCCAGGAAAAGCAGAGGAUGUGGCCCAACCCCAGAAUACAGCAUCCCAGCCUGCAGAGAGCUUAGGCCACCAAGACCCCCUGAACUGGUUUGGCAUCCUUGUGCCUCAAAGCCUCCGACAAGCUCAGAAGAUUUUCCGAGAAGGAAUCAACCUGGCUGCAGAAAUUGCCUCAAUACAAAGUGAAAUUGAGGCGACUCGAAGUUAUUACCAGUUACUGCUGGAAAAAAAACAAAAACUGGUAGCUGGAAAGAAGCAGUACUCUCCUUGAUCAAUAAUGAUCAUCUCUCCUGAUAUAAUAUAAGCUAUAAAAGUAUAGCUUAUAUUGGAGCAGUUUUGGAAACCUCGAUGUUCUGAACUGUUUUUAAAUCUCUAUGUAAAAGAUAAUUAUAAUUAUUAAUGGCUUUGUAAGUUACAGGUGCACUUUAGAAAGAUUUGUUUGCACAAAGCUAAAAUUGAUGUAUAUAUUUUAAAAUAAAGCAUAGCUGGAAAAUCUA